AUGAGCAUGCCAGCAUGUGGUGGGGCUUAUGCUCGACUCUGGGGUGACGAGGUGGCCAGGACUCGGAUAGUGGUCCAUCAUCAGCCUCAACCAACUCGCGCGAGCUGGUGGGAUGACAACGACUACAUCUCUGACAUCUCGUCGGGUCACCGAGAUGUCCAUGUUGAGUACUCUCCAAGCCAUCACUCCGAGUACUCUUCCGAACACAGUGACCAUGGUUCGGGUGACAUUGAGGCUAGCUCUGUAGUAGUCUCCGACGACUACUACGAGUCAGACUCAUAUGAGCCUGCCUCACCUGUCUCGUCAAAUGCAUCAGGUGGUUCUGCAUAUUCCAUGUCGGACGACUAUGAUGAUUACGACGAGGACAGUGGGGACUACUACUCCGGGUCUGAGUAG